ACCCUCGCUUCAGGCAAGAAGGACUCCUUUUCCGACGAAGGCAUCUCAGCAGCCGGCAGCAUUCAGAAAGCACGGUACGGCGACAGAGAUCCCCAGCCAGCGGCACUAGCUAGACAGGAUGAUACGACCGCAAGCUGCUGUAAAUUACACUCGCAGCGCAUGUAGUCCCUGUCGUCACUCUGUCCUACGAUCGCUGCUGUCUCGCCCAUGCCCGACUUUCCCACGACGCCGCACGCUAUCCACGCCAUCCAGCUCGACCACAAACUAUUCUUUCGAACGAGUGGAAAAGAAAUGGAGGGACACGCAGGUCUUUGGCGGGCCAAAGACCACACCUUCGCAAUCAUCCCUCAGAAACGGGCCGAAAUUCUACCCGCUGGUCAUGUUUCCUUAUCCUUCCGGGGCACUGCAUAUGGGCCACGUCCGCGUAUACACCAUCGCCGAUGUGAUUGCGCGGUUCAAGCAGCUUCAGGGUUUUCGCGUCCUCCAUCCAAUGGGUUGGGAUGCGUUCGGUCUUCCAGCAGAGAACGCAGCGAUACAGCACGGAGUGCAUCCAGAGGACUGGACGAAGCAGAAUAUCGUCAAGAUGAAGGAGCAGCUCAAAGCGAUGGGAACUGCGUUUGAUUGGGGUCGGGAACUGUCAACAUGCGAUCCUGCGUACUAUAGAUGGACGCAACAGCUUUUCCUCAAGUUGCAUAAAAAGGGGCUCGUGUAUCAAAAGGAAGCACUUGUCAACUGGGACCCAGUAGAUCAGACUGUAUUGGCCAAUGAACAGGUGGAUGCAAACGGAAGAGCCGAGAGAUCGGGCGCCCUUGUGGAAAAGAGGUAUAUGAAGCAAUGGUUUAUCAAGAUCACGGCUUAUGCUGAGCAAUUGCUACAAGAUCUGGAACAUCUCGAUUGGCCAGACCGUGUCAAGAAGCUCCAGACGAAUUGGAUAGGAAAGACUGAAGGUCAUGAGGUUGAGCUUGACUUUGACGACCAGCGAGAAAUGUCUCUGGUAGCCUUCGUUCCAGACGGUCGGCACCUGGAGGAUAUGGCCUAUAUCGCCGUUAGCCCAACCGCUCCCCCAUUCAGCAGUUCACAUAAACGCGCCAUCGAAAAAGUCAUGCAAUCUAUGAAGACCGGAGCGGACGGUUUUUCGGAACAGGCCACUGGCGCAUGGACUGGUUUGAUGGUGGUAAACCCCGUCACGGAGCGUAGGAUACCUGUCUAUGUGGUUUCCAAUGUGGAAGUGUUGGACAGACAUAUCGCUGUGGGAGGGUACCCGACCGCCGUCGAGGCGGAUGCCGAGUUUGCACGGCGGUACAAAAUACCCUUCGAUGAGGGCGUAGCGCUCGCGCAAGACAGGGGGACGAAGUGGCAGUCACUGAUUCAAGAUUAUCAGGCGAGGCGGACGGUGCAUUAUAGGUUGCGCGACUGGUUGGUUUCGCGACAGCGAUACUGGGGAACUCCCAUCCCUUUUGUUCAUUGCGACACCUGUGGCCCAAUCCCGGUCCCAGAAUCAGACCUGCCCGUGACACUCCCACCGGACGCCAUCCUCCGCGGCAAAGACGGAGAGCCAUCCCCAGACUCCUCGACGACAACCACCUGCCCUGUAUGCAGCAACCAAACCGCCCACCGCGACCCCGACACAAUGGACACCUUCGUCGACUCCUCCUGGUACUGGCUCCGCUACUGCUCCCCCACAUCCACCACCCACUUCGCCGACCCCGAAACAUCCACCCCACUCCUCCCCGUCGACAUCUACGUCGGCGGCGCGGAACACUCCAUCCUCCACCUCCUCUACGCCCGAUUCAUCGCUAAAUUCCUCACCGAUAUCGGUGUCGUCCACCUCCCGCGCGGUGAACCCUUCCAACGACUGCUCACGCAGGGGAUGGUGCAAGGGCUGACGUACCGGGACGCCGUUACACAGCGGUACCUCAAACCCACCGAAUUGGACCUCACAUCCCCCACGCACCCCACCAUAAAAGCCACCGGCGCCACCCCCCUGCAAUCCUACGAAAAAAUGAGCAAAUCCAAACACAACGGCGUAGAACCCGCCGAGAUCUUGGAGCGGUAUGGGGUUGAUGCGACGAGGCUGUAUGUGCUGUAUAAGGCGGCGCCGGGGGACGAUUUGAUGUGGGAGGAGAGAGCGGUGGUGGGGAUGGGGAGGUGGGUUGGGAGGGUUUGGAGGGUUGUUGAGGGGGUUGUUGUGGGGAUGGGUAGGGGUGCGGAUGCGGUUGGGGUUGGGGGUGAGAGGAGGGAUGAGAGGAGGGAGGCGGAGUUGAAUGUUGCGUUGCAUACGUGUAUCAAGGAGGUAACAACAGCCCUAACUGAAACCUACCACUUCCACGUCGCCGUCGCAUCCCUCAUCAAGCUCACCCACUCCAUGGAGGCAUUUACCAAUCCACAACCACAGCCAUCCUCGCCGUCCUCACUCAGUGACCCAUGGACAUCCCCAACCCUCCACGCAGCAGCCCGCGACCUGAUCGUGAUGAUGGCGCCGUUUGCACCGUGUGUUGCGCAGGAGCUUUGGGAGAUGCUGGGGACUGGUGGUAAGGAGGGCGAGGCGAAGGGGUUGUUUGCGCAAGACCGGGGCGAUAUCUGGCCGAAAUGGGACGAAUCGAUCCUCAACGAGAACCAAGUCAUUUGCGCCAUCAUGAUAAACGGUAAAACCCGCGGAACAUUCCCCACCCACCCCUCCCACCUGCACAACACCGCACUGCUAGAACAACUCGCGCGCGAUUCACCCACGGGCCGGAAAUACCUCGUUGACCCCGUGACGGGCGAGGAGCGGAGGGUGAGGAAGGUAGUUGUGGGUGGGGUCGGGAAGGGACGGAGGGAGGGGGUUGGGAGGGUUGUUAGUUUUGUCUUGUGAGGGGAGUCUUUUUGGGAGUGGGUGGGUGGGUGGUGGUGCCUUUUAGAUUGGAAAUUGUGUGUAUGGGUUCGGUGGUAGUUUACGGUGCCACGAUUUGAUUUUUUUUUCAGUUUGACAUAAAUUAUGGAUUGUGUAAACACACGGGAACAACGCGGUGUGAGCACCGGCGGCCGACAUGUGAGCGCCCCUUUACGCUACGU